AAACGGAACAACUCAGGCGAAAAUCUCUCACCUAAAAGCCAUAAUCAACCAAAUUAGACCAACGAACCACCAGGAAAUCAGGUUCCCAUUUAUUUGCAGAUCUGUUUUUGCUUCUAUUGGUAUUGGUUUUGUAUAUAUGGGUGGUUGUCUAGGAUGCUAUGAAAGGCCGACUUUGAAUCCCUUGGUGAAUGAGUCAACAAAACGACUAAAAAUUCAAGGUCAGACAGGCAAGAAAGCCAGCAUAUCAGAAAAUUUCUGGACCACUAGCACUUGCGAUAUGGAUAACAGUGCAGUGCAAUCACAGGGAAGCAUCUCAUCGAUCAGCACAAGCAACCAGACACUUGAUCUGCAUGGCAGUGUUGCAGCUGCUAAUGCCCCCCGUGAAUUUGUGAAUCAUGGCCUUCUUCUCUGGAAUCAAAUUCGGCAGCGCUGGGUGGGAAACAGGAAGUCUGAAAAUCGGAAGCGAGAGGUUCGAGAACCUAAACUAAAUUGGAAUGCAACUUACGAAAGUUUACUUGGAAGCAACAAGCCAUUCCCUCAGCCUAUUCCUCUCCCUGAAAUGAUAGAUUUCCUCGUGGAUGUGUGGGAGCAGGAAGGGCUGUAUGACUGAGAAACAACAGUACAAGUGCAUUUGAAAGGUGGUUAGAUAUCAAUAUCCAUCUGAUUUGUUGUAACAUUUGUAAUUGUUUUAAUAGGUAAAAAUGCAUUAGAGCAUAGCCUGGCGUGCAUAUCGACUGUAAAAAUUUCAGGGUCUUGCCUGCUUCUGUUUUUAUUUUCCUUCUCAAUUCAACUGGCCUUUUGGACCUUGCUAUUUUAUUUGCUCUGGAAUGAAAAUCCGGAAUAGAAAAAUACUUGCACCCUCUGGUUUUCAAGGCAGC